UUUUUCUCAGGUGAAAGGCGCUGUAGAUGAUGAUGUAGCAGAAGGGUGUUAAUACAGAUGAAAAUACACAAGCGAAUCAGUGCACUGCGGAAGAUGAAAUGCUUCCCCUGUCAAUUCUCAAACACUAUUAAAUCCGCCCAGUUCAACACCAGUGCCUUGAUGUCAGUCUCUUUCUUUGACCAAGCGGAUAUAAUUUCCACAGUAGAAUUUAACCAUUCUGGAGAGCUGUUAGCAACAGGAGACAAAGGAGGUAGAGUGGUCAUCUUUCAACAGGAGCAGGAGAACAAAACCCAGUCUCACAGUAGGGGAGAAUACAAUGUUUACAGUACCUUUCAAAGCCAUGAACCAGAGUUUGACUACUUGAAAAGUUUAGAAAUUGAAGAGAAGAUCAACAAAAUUAGGUGGUUACCCCAGAAAAAUGCUGCUCAGUUUUUAUUGUCUACAAAUGAUAAAACAAUAAAGUUAUGGAAAAUCAGUGAAAGGGACAAAAGACCAGAGGGUUAUAAUUUAAAGGAAGAAGAUGGACGGUAUAGGGAUCCUACUACAGUUACAACACUACGGGUGCCAGUAUUCAGGCCCAUGGACCUCAUGGUUGAAGCUAGUCCACGAAGAAUAUUUGCCAAUGCUCACACGUAUCACAUCAAUUCCAUCUCCAUUAAUAGCGAUUAUGAAACGUACUUAUCUGCAGAUGACUUGCGGAUUAACCUGUGGCACCUAGAAAUUACAGACAGAAGUUUUAAUAUUGUAGAUAUUAAGCCUGCCAACAUGGAAGAGCUCACAGAGGUGAUAACAGCUGCAGAGUUCCACCCAAACAGCUGUAAUACAUUUGUAUACAGCAGCAGUAAAGGAACGAUUCGUCUCUGUGAUAUGAGAGCAUCAGCACUCUGUGACAGACACUCAAAAUUGUUUGAAGAACCAGAAGAUCCUAGCAACAGAUCAUUUUUCUCUGAAAUCAUCUCUUCCAUAUCUGAUGUCAAAUUUAGCCAUAGUGGUCGAUAUAUGAUGACUAGAGAUUACCUGUCAGUGAAGAUCUGGGAUUUAAAUAUGGAAAAUAGACCUGUGGAAACAUACCAGGUGCAUGAAUACCUCAGAAGUAAACUUUGCUCACUGUAUGAGAAUGAUUGCAUUUUUGACAAAUUUGAAUGCUGUUGGAAUGGAUCAGACAGCAUUGUCAUGACGGGAUCUUACAACAACUUCUUCAGAAUGUUUGACAGAAACACAAAGCGAGACAUCACCUUAGAGGCAUCCCGGGAAAACAAUAAACCCCGUACCGUUUUGAAGCCACGUAAAGUAUGCGCAAGUGGUAAGCGAAAGAAGGAUGAAAUCAGUGUUGACAGCCUAGACUUCAAUAAGAAGAUUCUACACACAGCCUGGCAUCCUAAGGAAAACAUCAUUGCUGUAGCUACUACAAACAACUUGUAUAUAUUUCAAGACAAAAUGAAUUAGGGUUGGCAUUCCUAACUGAAGAGUCCACUUCCUGCAUAGUUGAAAUAGUUGAAUCUAGCAUUUGUACCUGUAAACGAAAGAGAAUGAGAGGUCCAUUAUGGCACCCCUUUCCAGUGUUUAAAAAUGUGCCAUAUGACAACACACUUUUAUAGCUACAUGGAGAAAGCUCUGUUGAUCUGUCACUGCGUUCUUCUCCAUGUCUGCUAGCCAUUUAGGUGAGGAUAGGGCACUUUUUAAUUUAAAUGACUACUUGCACCAUCUUGCCUAAUGGACUAGAUUGGACUGUAUCAACAUCGGUUUACUCCACUUUUUAUGCCUUCCAUUGUGAUGACGUCAAACACAGGGAAAGCCUUCAAUCAUGCUAUGGGAUUUAAUUGUGUAACCUCAUUACUGUAUCAUUCGUGGCCCCCUUUUUUUAUUAAAUACAGCUCAUUCUUGCUGUGGCUUGUAGCAUUCCUCCUCCUUCUGGCCUCCUGGACUCCCCCUUUCCCUUUCAUCCCCCUCCACCUAGCCUUGGUGGUGGUGUAUAGAAAAAAAAAAAAAACCACACACACGAAAUAAAGCACAUGAAAUGGGUCCGUUUGGGGUCAGUGGUAUAGGGGGUCUGUGUUGCAACAAAUGUUUUAAUAAACAGUUGACUGUAAUCACUCCUUGCCGUGUCUGGCACCAAAAAAAGAGAAAAUAAGGAAAAAAAACAAACAAACUACUGAAUAAAAGUGACAAAGAAUGGA